CUUCUGAUUGGUCGAUGUAUAGACGUCAUUACGCAAUCGAUUGUAUGUUAAAUCGAGAUUCGAUAUACGAUGUUGUUUGUGUUUGCAUAUUCCGUAUUGUGCAUCAGGGGAAGACAAAGUGUAUGAGAAAAACGACAAUUGUGUUUUAAAAAUUAAAAUGCCUGCAUCAACUGACGAUCCUUAUGCACAUGCGGCCAAGGGUGCAUUAAAAUUGAAAAAUGAUCAAGGUAUCAGUAAAAAGAAAAAGAAUAAAGAAGGUAAAAAGAAAAAGUUGGUAGAAGUAUCGAAAAUCGAAGAAGAAGAAAAACCAAAAGUGACAGAAAUCAAAAGAACAAAGGCAGAAAUAGCGUUCCAAAAAAUGCAAGAGAAAAUGCAAACUGAAAGGAUCAAACAGAAAGCCUCUAUGACCCACAAACAACGAGUAGAAGAAUUUAACAGACAUUUGGAUAGCUUGACGGAACACUUUGACAUACCAAAAGUCAGCUGGACAAAGUAAACUGUUAGUGCACGUUUCAGUUUAUUAACAUUUUGUUUAAAUAUACAUAAUGUAUACAUAAAUAAUUACACUAUUAAAGUUAUUAAUAUCUGCACUUAUAUAAAAUUGUACUUUAUUGCAAAUGUUUAUAAAAAAAUAUAAAUAUCAAAUCUUUAAUCUUAAAAUGGAUGGACUACCAAAGUCUUAUGGUUAUAUGUUUGAUUUGUAUAAACAAAUGUAACGCUAAACAUUUAAAUAUAAUAAGGCAGAUUU